AUGGCGAAGAACAACAGCAACAACAGCAUGGAGUCGUUGCUGGAUCAGACCUUGGAGAUCUUGCGUCGGACACGCAAGAUUGAACUACCUCUGACCUCUGUAGCCACCACCGAGCACUCGACAGCAUUUGGGGACUACUUUGCCGCUCUGGAAGAGGUGAAAAGGGUCUUGGUCGACAUGGACAAGCACCAUGAGGCCGAGGCGAUAGGAAGGGCGGCGGAAUAUGCGGCUGAAUCAACCAUGCAAGGUGGUCUGGGAAUCCAAACCACGCAGGAUCUGGAUCCCAAAUCCCAAGAGAAGGUGUUGGCAUCCGUCGAGGCUUGGCUGGAAUCACUCAACGCGGUCGAAACUGCAAGACGGCUCCCGAAACCACUGGCUGCAAAGUCGACGGGCACAAGACCCAUGAAUCUGACCGAGAAGAUCUUGGCUCAUCACUCGAUCGACCCGCUCCCACUCCAAGGCGUCAAGGAAGGGGACUUUGUUCGACUCUCCGUGGAUUGGAUCAUCGCCUCGGAAUCCUCGUGGUUUGGCAUGAGUAAAACACUGCGUCAUCUCCCUGGUUUCAAACCGUGGCGCAAUGAUCGAUUAUGGCUUGCCGCCGAUCACGUCGUGGAUCCUAGAACGUAUGAAACGCCUUUGAAUCGACGGCUGCUCGAUGCGACGGACAAUGCCGCCCGCGACUUCAAGUUAACCGACUACAAGGGCCCCAAUUACACCAUUAUACACACCGAGUUUGUGCGUCAACGAGCAGAGCCCGGAUUAUUUGUCCUUGGCGCGGAUUCCCAUACUUGUUCCUCGGGAGCUGUAGGAUGCCUCGCCAUUGGCCUCGGGGCGGUUGACGUUGCCAUUGCGUUGGCCACCGGAGAGAGUUGGAUCAAGGUCCCUGCAUGUAUCAACAUUCGGUUCGUCGGCCGACCUGGACUCGGAAUCGGUGGCAAAGAUGUCAUCCUAUAUAUCCUGGGAGAAUUAAAGCGAAACACUGUCGCGGCAAACCGUAUUGUGGAAUUCUCCGGCCCGGGAACUCAAUAUCUCUCCGUCGAUGCGAGAUUUGCAAUCUCGAACAUGUGUACCGAAUUCGGUGCCAUUACGGGCGUGUUUGUUCCUGAUGCGUUGGUCAAAAAUUACAUCGACAGUCGGAAGCAAAAGUACAGGCGCUCGUCUCCACUCUACUUCCGCCCCGACGCCGAUUGCCAAUACGCCGAGUCCUUUGAAAUCGACCUCUCCAAGGUUCAAUCGUACAUGGCCAUUUACCCAUCACCGGAUGAUGUCGUGCCGAUCUCCCAGCAAGUCGGACGAGCCUUGGACGGUUGUUUCAUUGGAGCCUGCACCACCACCGAAGAAGACUUGAUUCUAGGUGCGCUCGUCUUGCAAGUUGGACUGCGGAAGGGAUUGAAAAAAAAACGGGGCAAAAAGCAUGUGGUCCCUGGCUCUUUGCCGAUCACCGAGCGCCUGGACAAAUUAGGGUUGUUGGACUUCUACCGUGAAGCUGGGUUCGUUGUUGGGGUGCCCGGAUGUAGCUUCUGUGUCGGCAUGGGCGCCGAUCAAGCCCAAGAGGGUGAGGUGUGGCUCUCGUCCCAAAAUCGCAAUUUCAAGAACAGAAUGGGAAAAGGAUCGAUUGGGAACCUCGCUUCGGCCGCAGCGGUGGCAGCAUCUUCAUUUAGCAUGACGGUCACAGAUCCAGCGGAAUUCCUGGAAGAAGUCGACAUGAGGCGCUAUGAUGAUCUGCGGAAGCCGGGAAAAAGGAGCCUGAAGUCCUCUCAGUCCGUUCCAAUGCCAACAACUCCAUUGGCCUACGUCGAGCCCAAUUUCGUGAGCAAACCUCCAAACAGAGUGGAUGAUGCUCAUUCAGUAUUACCGGAGGGACCAGCAAAAGUGACGGCAGGAGAUGCAAUACCAGGCUCCAAUGACGGCCAACAGCCUCAGUUCCAUCACUCGAUUUGUAGCAAGGUGAUUAGACUGGGCGAUUUUAUCGACACGGAUGCGAUUGCCCCGGCCGAAAGUCUUGUGACAGCAAUCACCGACGAGGAUCUCGGGCAGCAUUGUAUGAAGUAUGUCAUGCCGGAAUUCAGGGACAAGGUCCGCAAUGGCCAGCGUGUGAUUGUCGGAGGACAGGCCUUUGGGGUUGGUUCUUCGCGUGAGGCGGCGGUCAGAGCUUUCAAUGGCCUCGGCGUGGAAUGUGUCAUUGCACGCUCUUUCGCCUUCAUCUAUGGCCGCAAUCAACCCAAUCUAGGGUUACUGGGGAUCACCAUCACGGACGAUCAUUUCUAUGAUCUCGCAAAGGACGACGUCGACAUCCAGAUCAGGUUAGAAGACAGGACGAUCAUGGUCGCGGGCUCUGCGUUCGGCUUUUCAUUAACAGAUAUGGAAUUGUCGCUCACGCGAAAUCAGGGGAUGCUACAGGCAUACAGAAAGUUUGGAAAUCGACUGUUCCAGGCCUUGGGCAACGAGGGCCACGAGGUCGCGGAAAGACCAACGACAGAAGUGCCCGAAUUGUCUGCGGCAGUAGAAGAGCUGCAAUGGUAG